AUGGAGAAAAGAAGAUGCAGUCCUCAAAUUAGCAACAGCAAAGUCACAUCUUCACUGCUUUUUCUGUUCACUCUUUGCUUAUACUACACAAGUGUACAAUGCCAAGAAAGUGUCACACCUCCAUCUUCUUCUAUACCAACCCAAUCCAAGAAUGGACUCAAAAGAAUACUUUUAAGCAUCGUUUUAGGAGUCUUGACUGGAUUAAUAGGAGCCGCUGUUUUUGCUUUUGUAGUCCGUUUCUUGGUCCGGUACAUGAAGAGAACUCCAAUCCUCAAAGGUCCAGUGAUCUUUUCACCAAAAAUCACUCCUAAAAGUCUUCAAUCAGCUCUUCAAAACGAGAAUCAGUUGCUAGGGUCAAGCUCCAACGGAAAGUAUUACAGGACUGUACUGGACAACGGGUUAACAAUUGCUGUCAAGAGGUUUGAACCAUUUGAGAUUGUCUCCCCUGAGAGGCAGAGCAAGUUAGUAAAGAGAAGGAUACAGCGGGAGCUGGAAAUGCUAGCUAGUUUGAGACAUCGGAAUCUGAUGAGUUUAAGGGCUUAUGUUCGCGAACCAGAUAGGUUCUCUUUGGUUUAUGACUAUGUGCCAACUGGGAGUCUCGAAGAUGCAAUGAAUAGAGUGAGAGAGAAUGAGUUGCAACUUGGAUGGGAAGUUCGGCUUCGGAUUGCCGUUGGGGUUAUCAAAGGGCUGAGGUAUCUUCAUUUUGAAUGUGCCCCUCAGAUUUUGCAUUAUAAUUUGAAGCCUAGGAAUGUAAUUUUGGAUGCUGAGUUUGAACCAAGAUUGGCUGAUUUUGGACUUGCUAAGCUUACGCCUAAUUUGGAUAGAGCUACAUCGGGAUAUAGUGCUCCUGAGUGUUUCCAAAAUUGCAGGUAUACAGACAAAAGUGAUGUUUUCAGCUUUGGGAUGAUAUUGGGUGUUCUGUUAACCGGGAGAGACCCUACAGAUCCGUUCUUUGGGGAAACAGCUAGUGGGGGUAGUUUGGGUCGUUGGCUUCGGCAUUUGCAACAAGCCGGGGAGGCGCGGGAAGCGCUCGAUAAGAGCAUUCUUGGGGAAGAAGUUGAGGAAGAUGAGAUGCUUAUGGCAGUGAGAAUUGCUGUUGUUUGUCUAUCAGAUAUGCCUGCAGAUAGGCCUUCAAGCGAUGAGCUUGUCCCCAUGCUAUCCCAACUGCACAGUUUUUAA